AUGGAGCUGCUGGUCAUCGCGAUGCUGGUAGUCGGGGCAGCCGCAGCCCCAGACCCCCAGGGACACCGGAUAAUUGGAGGGAGAGACUGCAUCACUGGCUCCCGUCCCUACCAGGUGGCUCUCCUGAGGAAUGGCCGCAUCUACUGUGGCGGGAGCCUGGUUGCCCCGAAGUGGGUGCUGACUGCUGCACACUGCCACUUACGGAGCACCUCCCUGCAGGUGCAUCUGGGGGAUUAUAAUCUACGAGUGAACGAAGGCACAGAACAGAUACGAAGAAUCCGCAGCUUCUUCGUGCAUCCAGAGUAUAACUUCCGCCGACAUGACAACGACUUCAUGCUUCUGGAGCUGGAUGAGCCCGCUCAACUCAAUCGCUACGUGAACACGAUCAAACUGGCUACCCGUUGUGCCUCUCCUGGAACACGAUGCGUCGUGUCAGGAUGGGGCACUAUCAGGUCCCCCCAAAAUUUGUUCCCAGACGUCAUGCGGUGUGCAGAUGUCUCUAGCGUCAGCCAGGCCAGGUGCCAGGAAGGCUACGGGGCCGAAAUCACGGAGAACAUGCUCUGUGCUGGUGUGGAACAGGGUGGCGUAGACUCAUGCCAGGGGGAUUCAGGAGGCCCACUGGUCUGCAACGGGCAGCUGCAAGGCGUGGUCUCCUGGGGGUCGUCUGUCUGUGCCCUGCCGGGACGGCCCGGGGUCUACGCCAAUGUCUGCAAAGCUGUCCAGUGGGUGAGGAACACCAUAGGGAGGAGGUGCCCCAUAUUGGACUGAGAGCUCACAGCACGUCCCGCCUGCCACAAUAAUCCACCAAACACACGCCCCAGCCACGCCUCUCCUCAUCUCGCCGCGGCACCCAGGGGGUGCUGAUCUGGGUCAGACUAGGAUGGGGGCACUACGGUGGGACCAGCUCAAAGCAGCCAGUGGUUAUGAGCCAGGCCUAACCAAAUCCUGAGACUGGGUUAAAAAUGUGGGACUGGUUUAAAAAACAUGAAUCAGCCUGAAGGAUUGUGAGAUUGCUUUAAAAAUCACGAGAUCAGCAUUAAAUGACUGAGACUGCGUUAAAAGAUCACGAGAUUGGCUGAAAAGUCACGAAUCAGCCUGAAGUUCACAGGAGUGCGUCAAAAAUCGAGAGGUUGGCUUUCAAAAUCGUGAGAUUGGAUUAAAAAUUAUGAGCCGGGUUUUUAAAUGCCCUAAAUCGCGCCCAGGUCUUCGAUCUGGUCUCUUGCCUUGGUGCGGGUGGCGCACGCGG